UUUCAAGUCUAAAAGCAAGUAGGUACACCUAUACUUGCUUUCAGUUUUAACAAACUGUGUCUUUAGGUGCGGCUUCAAAAUUAUUUGUUAUGACGACAUAAUUUCCUCAUUUGACAAUGCAAAAUCGUUUUAGUAAACCCUAUCCAAUGAGCCGUAUUUCAUACCCCACCUCGGACGCAGAGUUAGAGACAUGGGUCGAACAAACUAUUCAAAGAGAAAUAGCCCGAGGUCGUUUCCUUCAAGACCAGAAGGCCAUAGCAGCAGAGCGCUCAAAUAAUGUUGAGGUCUUCAUCAAUUCGCCUAAACUCGCCCAUGGCGGAAACUGUCGUAGGAGAACUAUUUCGAAAUGGAACAAACGUGGCCGCAGUAGGUCGCCACUCAGGAAGAACGGCAGGAUGAGCUCGUCAUCACAAGACAACAGUUGCAGUUCGUACCGUCCGCGGAGCCGGCCGGCGUGCUCCAUGCGCAUCAGCGAGCUGGCCGCGCCCACUAAGUGGCAGUGCAUGGCUUCAUGGAGAGCUAACGCUAAUAUACUGCCGGAGACGAUGAUAAAUCGUCUGAAACAACGUGUUACGGACCAAGAGCCAAUAGUUAAAGUUUCUGAUGCCGUAAACUGUUUGAAACAUAACAGACGUUCAUCUGAUGCAAGUAGCAAUGUCAUAAUAACGCAAAGUAAAAGGCCGUCAAGAAAAAUAAACAAGGAGGCAAUGCAAAACAAAAUCAAAGCUGAAUAUAAAGCAAUAAGUGAAGUCUUUGGGAUAAAAAUUGCUGAGUUAUUAUUUAAGCCCAUCAUUAUAACUCUAAAUUCUCGGUUACAAAACAUCUCAGAUGUUGUAAGUGAAGAAAUAUAUAACAUUAUAAAAGAUACAAAAACGUCUAAAACGGAUAGAGCAAUUGAUAAACGAAUGGUGAAAGAAAUCUCAGAAAAGGUAACUAUAUGGAUAGCCCAGAUACUUGAAGAUGCUGAAAAUAAACUACUUGAAGAAGACUUAAGAGCAAGAGCAUUACUUCCUGCUGGAGAUAUGGUAACAUUAAUUGAAAUAAUCACAUACCAGGAAAGAGAUCUAGAAGAACAAGAAGGCCCCGUUCUUGAUAUACUUGACGACUUAGUGGACAGCAUUUUGCACAAAUGUAUUAAAACUCCAUCGGACAUUCUGACGCCAGAAUUCAUAAGCGUAACUUCAGAUGACAUUGGAAAAGAUGACCAACCGGAAACUGACCGUCAGACUGCUGAUGAUAAAGCCAAUGAUGAUACGAUAGAAAAUGAUAUCGUGAAACAAAUAAAAAACGUUAUAGACUCCAUAACACAGGAAAACGUUAUAGACUCAUUAGAAAGCCCUAGCAAAGUGUCUGAUAUCCGUUCAAUGAAUAAUGGAGAAAAAUACGUACCCGAAAAUAAACCGGAACCUGAUACGCAAACUGAUACUUAUAUAAAUUCUGAAUUUGAUGUUGAAUCUCAGUCUGAUAUGAAACUCGAAUCUGAUACUAAACUAGAACCCGAUGUUGAUGUGCUGUACAGCAAUGAUACUCCGAUAGCAAUGCCUGAAGAUGAUAAUUAUGAUGAGCAUAACGAAAUCGCUAAUGAAAAUACAAGUGUUUCUCCAAAAUUAAGUUCUACCCAGCUGGAGAUUAGCGAACCACCAGUGGUUGAUACUAUUGAAACUGAAAAUAAAAACGACGAAAUAUUGGAACAGAACUCAAAAGUGAGUGGCGCAGUUGAAGUAAUAACUGAAGAAUUAUCUGAUGGAAAGAACAAAACAGUUCAAUUUUCUAAAGAAAACCUUGAAUCCAUAAACGAUAUGCUUAAGGAUCAACACAGUCAACUAAACAGGAAAAAUGUACAAUUAGAUGAUGAACAGCUAUUAGAAAACAUUGCAUACUUUGACAAACAUAUAGAUUUUGCCCCACCAAAUGAAGAAUUGUUGAGUGACGCAGAUGAAUCAUGGCCAGAUACGUUACCGUUAACUAAACCUAGUGCGAGUGUAACACGUUCCAUUACUUCAAUGGGGAGAAUAUUAGAAGCAGAUGAGAUGUUCUCUACUGCUUUUGAUGAUGGUACUGAAUAUUUACGUAAUAAUAUAGACUCUGAAAAACCUAACGAGGUUGGGAAUGACGAAAUGAAUCUACACAGCACAAGCCAAAAUGUAGAAGGAAAUAUGGGUGAUUUGCAGAGUAGCAAAGAGUCUUUCCAUGUUGACGAAAAAGGCGAUCAGCCUGACGAACUAUUGGCCAAACCUGAAGUUAACAAUCUAAGUGAAAUAUCUCUGAUUGCAUCAAAACAGAAAACCUCAGCAACGUCUUUGAAAAAAAAUGCAUCUAUUAUUUUGAUAUGCGAUGAAGAUGUGCAAGCUUCUGAGUUAUAUGAUCGUAUUGCCUUGGAGUCGGAUAUGUCAAAAUUUAACCAAUCGCAAAGUCCUCAACAUUUAGAGAAAGACAAAACGGACAAUGAUGUAAAUACAAGAGAACCUGAUAAAGAAUUAAUUUCGCAUAAGUUUGAUUACCGAGUUCAUCUAAAAGAUGCCCCUGCGUGGAUAAGGCGUGGACAAGGCGAGCCCAAUAUAGGGUCUUGCGUCUGCAUGCCAUUGAACUAUUCAGGCUAUGGAACAAUAGACAAAAUGAAGCAGCGGGAGAUUGAAUAUCGAAAAUGGUGCCAAGAUUUGGAUUUUAUUCUUAUGAACCUAGACAAAUGGAACAGCUGGCUAAACUACAUAUCAAAAUAUAUUACUGAUUUGAAACGAAAAGCAGGUAAAAUUAACAGAGGACGGUUAAGGUCUCCUACACGCACAGCAGAGGACAUUUCAUGGCGGCAAUUGCACAAGCGCGCAACCGGCUUGGAAGUGCGGCGACAAGACCAGACGGUCAAACUCAAGAUUCCCUCUGCCCCACUGAAAUAUUGCCUAAAUUGUGGACGUAGAAAACCGAAUCCUAAUAAAAAGCGUCACCAUCAAAGUAGUUUACGAAAUAAUGCCGAAUCAAAAUGCAAAAGACAUCACAGACGCGAAAAUGCGCCAUAUAUUAACAAAAACUAACUUUUUCUAUUGUUUCAAUACUCUUUGGUGUCGUCAGAGUAUCUGUAAAAUAAACUCAUUUAAACUUUAA